AUGCCAGGCAUCCCACCUCUCCAGAGCUGCUUGCCAGCUGACAAGAGCGAGUGUGGUAGAGCAGAAAGAAGGGGGACUUUGGAGUCAGGAACGGGACCUCUACAGGGAGAGGGCAGGCCGGCCCUUGGGGGGGCUGAUGCAGCCCCAAGGCUGAGUUCAGUCGGGGUCUGGCCCCGGCCUCAGCCCCCCAAGGAGCCGGCUCUAUACCCCAUGGGGUUAUCACUGACCAAGAAGAAGGGGCUAAUUCUCUGCCUAUGGAGCAAAUUCUGCAGAUGGUUCCAGAGACAGGAGUCAUGGGCUCAGAGCCGAGAUGAGCAGAACUUGCUGCAGCAGCAAAGGAUCUGGGAGUCUCCUCUCCUUCUGGCUGCCAAAGAGAAUGACGUCCAUGCUCUGAACAAGCUGCUCAAGUAUGAGGCCUGUGAAGUGCAUCAGAGAGGAGCACUGGGGGAGACGGCACUGCAUGUGGCAGCCCUAUACGACAACCUGGAGGCCGCCCUGGUGCUGAUGGAGGUAGCCCCGGAGCUGGUCUUUGAACCCAUGACAUCUGAGCUUUAUGAUGGUCAGACUGCCUUGCACAUUGCUGUCGUGAACCAGAAUGUGAACCUGGUGCGAGCCCUGCUAGCCCACGGGGCCAGCGUCUCUGCUAGAGCCACAGGCACUGCCUUCCGCCGCAGUCCCCACAACCUCAUCUACUAUGGGGAGCACCCUUUGUCCUUUGCUGCCUGUGUGGGCAACAAGGAGAUCGUGCGGCUGCUCAUUGAGUAUGGAGCAGACAUCCGGGCUCGGGACUCCCUGGGAAACACAGUGCUGCACAUCCUCACCCUCCAGCCCAACAAAACCUUCGCCUGCCAGAUGUACAAUUUGCUGCUGUCUUACGAUGGACGUGGGGGCCACCUGCAGUCCCUGGACCUCAUGCCCAAUCACCAGGGCCUCACCCCCUUCAAGCUGGCUGGAGUGGAGGGCAACACUGUGAUGUUCCAGCACCUGAUGCAGAAGCGGAAGCACAUCCAGUGGACAUACGGUCCACUGACCUCCACGCUCUACGACCUCACGGAGAUUGACUCCUCAGGGGAUGAGCAAUCCCUGCUGGAGCUUAUCGUCACCACCAAGAAGCGGGAGGCUCGUCAGAUCCUGGACCAGACGCCAGUGAAAGAGCUGGUGAGCCUCAAGUGGAAAAGGUAUGGGCAGCCGUACUUCUGUGUGCUGGGUGCCAUAUACCUGCUCUACAUCGUCUGCUUCACCAUGUGCUGUGUCCACCGCCCCCUGAAGCCCAGGACCACUAACCGCACCAACCCCCGGGACAACAGCCUCUUACAGCAGAAGCUACUUCAGGAAGCCUACGUGACCCCCAAGGAUGACAUCCGGCUGGUGGGGGAGGUGGUGACUGUCAUUGGGGCUGUGAUCAUCCUGCUGGUAGAGAUUCCAGACAUCUUCAGGGUGGGGGUUGCUCGCUUCUUUGGACACACCAUCCUUGGUGGGCCAUUCCACGUCAUCAUCAUCACCUAUGCCUUCAUGGUGUUGGUGACCAUGGUGAUGCGGCUCACCAACACCAACGGGGAGGUGGUGCCCAUGUCCUUUGCCCUGGUGCUGGGCUGGUGCAACGUCAUGUACUUUGCCCGAGGAUUCCAGAUGCUGGGCCCCUUCACCAUCAUGAUCCAGAAGAUGAUUUUUGGUGACCUGAUGAGAUUCUGCUGGCUGAUGGCUGUGGUCAUCCUGGGCUUUGCCUCAGCCUUCUAUAUCAUCUUCCAGACAGAGGACCCUGAGGAGCUGGGCCACUUCUAUGAUUACCCCAUGGCACUGUUUAGUACCUUUGAGCUGUUCCUCAUGAUCAUCGAUGCCCCUGCCAACUACAACGUGAAUCUGCCCUUCAUGUACAGCAUCACCUACGCUGCCUUCGCCAUCAUCGCAGGGCUGCUCAUGCUCAACCUCCUCAUUGCCAUGAUGGGUGACACGCACUGGCGGGUGGCCCAUGAGCGGGAUGAGCUCUGGAGGGCCCAGGUCGUGGCCACCACGGUGAUGCUGGAGCGGAAGCUGCCCCGCUGCAUGUGGCCUCGCUCCGGGAUUUGCGGGCGCGAGUAUGGCCUGGGGGACCGCUGGUUCCUGCGGGUGGAAGACAGGCAAGAUCUCAACCGGCAGCGGAUCCAGCGCUAUGCACAAGCCUUCCACAACCCGGGAUCUGACUUAGACAAAGACUCAUUGGAAAAACUGGAGCUGGGCUGCCCCUUUGGCGUCCACCAGUCCCUUCCUACACCCUCGGUUUCUCGAAGUACCUCCCGUAGUAGCACCAACUGGGAAAGGCUUCGGCAAGGGACCCUAAGGAGAGACCUGCGAGGGCUGAUCAACAGGGGUCUGGAAGAUGGGGAGGGCUGGGAAUAUCAGAUCUGA